AUGUACACUAACGAGUUACUCGUCAGCAAUACCUCUCCCGACCAGAAACGCAGCCUGAACACCAAUCUGCAGCAACAACAACACCAGCAACACCAACAUCCAAGCGCAUACUCAGCCUCUCCAUCGCAACUAACUCUCCCCUCCGACCUGACGUCAACUGGAGGCAUACCCAACCCGUACCAGCAGUAUGCAUAUGUACCGAGCCCGCACGACCCAUCGGGCUUCGCAUUCCCGCAGCAGACAGGAUAUAGACCGCAACCGCAACUCCACACCCAAUUCGCAGCGCCGCAUCCUCAGCAACAUGCCUACCAAACGCAGCAUUCACCCAUCAACCCGCGGAAACGGCGGGCGUCUGAGAUGGGUGAGCCCUCUCUACCAGGAUCCUCGGGUAGCAGUGCGAGCGCCUUUACGAACCCGACGGGCCUCGUGACCGGUGGGACGGAUCUGGGCAUGGAUCCAUCGUCGGCAGCUGGACCGUCGCAGCAGACGCUACCCAGCCCUGUGGCGAAGAAAGGGCGCACGAAUACGCCUUGGACGCCGGCAGAAGAGCAGAGGCUCAAGACGCUGAGGGAAGCCGGGAGUAGCUGGAGUGAGAUUGCAAAGACCUUUCCCACUCGGACAGAAGGGAGCGUAAAGAAGCAUUGGUAUAAAGUGCGCCCUCCCCUCCCUUCUCUCUACCCUCAUCUUGAAUUCAAAGAGCAUCUUGAAUGCAAAGAGCAUCUUGAAUUCAACGAGGUUCUCGAUGAGGUGUGACAACCAUGUGCUGACUCGGGAGCGUUUGUUCUAGGACAUGCAUUAUGCGGAGUUUGCCGAAGACGAGGUCAGCAGUUUCGUUCGCCUCACCGCGAGACUUGGGAAGAAGCACUGUCAUGCUGACCGGUUGGACAGAGUGCUGCGCUGUUGCAGGCGAUCAAAGACUACGAGAACAACAAGUGGAAAGUCAUUGGACAGAAGGUUGGCAAGCCGGCGAAGGUGAGCGAUUCCAAUUCCCAGUAGGACGCUUGAGCGGAGGGAAGACUAACAUAGCGCCCCGUCUGUCGUAGGCCUGCGAGCAGUUCGCCAAAGAACAAGGCUGGAAAGUCUGA